UCUUUUGUUGCACUUGCAAACAUUUGAAAACAAAUAUAAAUGUGUCCUGCUUUGUUAGCUUGCUAUGUUGAAGUUCAAUAUAUCUUAGGCAAAAGUAAUUCCCUCUUCCUCAAUAAUUAUUUUCCUGUUGGAGCUUGUUUUGUCCAAAGGUCUUAAACUCCAACUAUAAUCUGCACAUGAGGUCAGGCACACUGGACAGUAUUAUUUUGGGGGGAUUACUGUAAACAAUGAGAUUGGAUAAAAUCUUCUGGGGCAAAAGGUUAAAUGUUGAUUAGUUACAAUAAUCCAGGCUCUAGACCUUUGUGAUUAUAUAAGGUUUGUACAGUUACACUUGAUCUAGUAGUAUUAUGACAUGACUUUCUGUCUCUUAUUUCAUCCUUAGGUUUUCCCCAAAUUAUUUCAAUGGAAAUAAGUAAAGGUGUUGCUGCAUUCACUUUUGUGCAUACAAAACCUAUUGUCGUCAGCAGAGGGCGCAUGGACUGGUGUGGAUAAGACUCAAGUAUUAGUGCUAACUAUUUGCAAGACAUGUUUUGUGUUGAUGGCUGUUUUAGCUCUGAAAUGAUUACAGAUAGUCCAGUGAAGAUGUAUGAACUUUAAAAACACGGAGGAGCACUUCCUGUUAAAAGGCAUCACCUUGUGACAUCAGCAGAAGGAACAAUGGGUUUUGUACUAAAGGAGAGAGCAGAUGGAUUAAGAUGCCAGAAUGAAACCAUUAAAAAGCACCAGACACGAGGACUACUAAACCAGGAAGUCAAAUGUCAUUCUAAAGAAGCUAAUGAAACUACUCUGAGGAGAACAAUACUGGUUAUGAGGCAAAGGCUAACCCAGGACAAGAUUCAGAUCCACAGAGGAGCAGAGAUGACACUGAAAAUUCGAAUGAUCUGCGCAUUUAUGGUUUGCAAUAUCAUCGGAUGUAUUUUCCUGACACUUACUUGGAGCAAACAGAAUUCAAAAAUCCGUAUUCCAACAAAGACAUUUUGGCAAAAACAUCUGGUGAGCAAAUCCUUAUGGAAUCUGGAGCAACAGAGACUAGAUUUCAUUCACAAUCCUAUUUUCAAUACCACCUUUGAUUCCCUAUCGGAGCUACCUGAUUGGUUGAAUUAUAUGGAGCCAAAAUCCAAUCCUUGCGAACCACAUUUGAGGGUCCAGCAGCAAAUUGUGGACUACAACUUGAUUCCAAAACAAUUUCAAGACUUUUUACUCUACUCUCACUGUAAAUCUUAUCCCAUGUUAAUAAACCAACCGACCAUCUGUGAAGAUACACCAUUCCUUUUGCUGGUUGUGAAAACAUUAGUGCCUCAUUUUGACAGAAGACAGGCCAUAAGAGAAACAUGGGGACAAGCUGGAGUUGUUGCCAAUAGGACAGUGGCUACAGUUUUUCUUUUGGGGAAUGCUAUAUAUGAGGAUAACCACCCAAAUCUGACUGGACUGUUACAGUAUGAAGUGGAGAUGUAUGGAGACAUCCUACAAUGGGAUUACAGGGACACCUUCCUCAACCUGACCCUGAAAGACCUCCUGUUUUUGGAUUGGUUCCGCUCCUUCUGUCCUUCCGCUCAGUUUGUUCUCAAAGGAGACGAUGAUGUUUUCGUAAACACUCCACUAAUUAUUGAAUUUUUGGACUUGCUCCACCCAAAGAGGAUCCCCGAUUUAUUCAUUGGAGAUGUCAUCACCAACGCAGGACCACAUCGCAACAAAAACCUCAAGUAUUUCGUCCCUGAAAGCUAUUUUGUGGGUUCAUACCCCCCUUAUGCCGGAGGAGGGGGGUUUCUGUAUUCUGGACAGGUAGCACUGCAGUUACAUGAAGCAGCUAAAAAGGUGGUUGUUUAUCCUAUAGAUGAUGUAUACACCGGGAUGUGUUUGGCAAAGUUGGGUCUUGCACCAGAAAAGCACACUGAAUUCAGGACGUUUGACAUAGCAGCGAAAUAUAGAGACAAUCCAUGUAUUUAUAGAAGUUUCAUGGUGGUGCACAGUCGGACACCACAAGAAAUAAAACAUAUAUGGAGAUGGAUAAUGCACCCAGAAUUGCACUGUCAAUAAUUUUUUAUUUUUUUCGAUAGCCUUUAUGAGGCAAUCUUAUCCGCACAGAUGAUAAACAUAUGGUUUGGAUCAAUAUUGCACUUUGAGUUCAGAAGUUCCUCGUCUCUCUUUCUGCUUAGCACAAACAUGGCUGCCAGUUUGCGCCAACAGCCUCCCCAAUAACUGAUAACUUAACCACACAGUUAUUUUAUUUUAUUUAUACAACAGUGCUAUGCAUUGGAAGCAAUGACUUGUAACUCAGGAAUGUGUUUUAAAAAAAUAUUGUCAAUGAACCAUUUUACAGACUUGAAAAUUUUAUUAAUUUAUUAUGCUGUAUUCUGCAUAAAUUUUCUCUUUUUUAGUGUGUAUUUUUUGUUGUUUUUAUUUUUGCUUUUGUUUAGUUGUUUUAGUUGUUAAAAUGUUAUUUCAUCAGAAACAUACCUGCAGUUGUUUUGAUUUUAUUAAAAAGUAUAAUCCUGUAUUCUAUGUCACUGAGGGUCCAGCUUCUACCAGAAAACUUGUCUCCAUGGUGAGGACAUUGCUUUGUCUUGAAUGUUUUCUGUAUGUCAUUAAUCUAUGUGUUUUAUUGCGUGAUCCUUAUCCUGUACAAACAUGCACGUUGCUUCUCCUCAGAUCUAACCCACAGCUUGAUUUUAUAGUUGCAUAAUGCUUUAACUGCCUUUUACCUUUUAUGUGCAGCAAUUUUUCAUUCUGGAGUAAAAUAACAUUCAAAUGAGUACAUCUAA